AUGUCAAUACCCAUCAGAACCUCGCACUCUCUGCUCCUCGCCACGGGCGAACCGCCCGCCACAGUCCGCGUCCAAAACAUCCAAUCCACCAUCCAAGGCCCCAGCGACGCCUGGGGGCGACAAGACCGCCCCCAGCCCAUCUCCGUAUCCGUCGCCGUCGGCAUGGCCCAGUCCUUCGGGCCAACGUCGACGUCGGACGCCCUCGCCUCCGACACAGUGCACUACGGCCUCCUGAGCAAGGCCGUCCUCGCGACGCUCGCACGCCUCGGCGGCGCCCAGGGCACCAGCAGCGGCCGCCAGCUCACGCUGCCAGCCAUCCUCGACACCAUAUGGACCGACCUCACGGGCGUCGACACGUCCGGCCAGCAGCCCGCCUCGCCCGCCCAGGGCCCGCCGUUCCUGAAGCUCGCGUCCGUGAAGAGCCUCCAGGUCGGGCUUCGCCUGCCAAAGGCCACGCUGCAAGGGGCCGGCGUGUGCCUGACGGCCACGGCGGCGUUUGCCCGCGGGGCCAUGACGGCGCGCGGCAUCAAGCUGGCGCUGUGCGACUUGCGCAUCCCCAUCCUCAUCGGGGUGAAUGCCAACGAGAGGCGCGCCAAGCAGGGCGUCGUGGCCAACGUCGAGGUGGACCGGUUUGACGAGGCCCGCGAUUGCUACUGCGCCCUGGAAGACGUGAUAGCCAAGGCCAUGACAGACUCGUCCUUUGAGACAAUCGAGGCCCUGCUGGCGGAUAUGGCUCUGCGUAUCACGACGCACUUGGUUCGGAAUCACACGCCGCCGGCGGAUGGGGAGGGUUGGCAGCUCGGGAUUGCGGUUGAGAAGCCCAUUGCUGUGGUGUUUGCGGAUGCUCCGUGUGUGGAGUUGCGCAUAAAUACAAACGACGUCGUUCCCGGGGAGGACGUGGUUCCGCGGUGA